ACAUAGUUGAAUCUAUUGUUCUUUUGACUUCUUAAAACGACAGCGUUCUGCCUCAGAGUUAUGAAUUCGGAUGCCAACAAUGGCAGAUUACAAGAUCUAUGAAUCGAAAACCAAAGGGAGCACGAACACAAGUGAACUUGUAACGGUCUUUAAUCUGUUCUAAAUAAGGAUUUCUUUUUUCAUAUUUUUCUUUUCAGUUGUCUUUAAAAUCUAUUUAUGGAUUAAACGAAAAAGCUUGAGUAAAAAGGGGAAGGUGGCUGCUGAAAAUCUGAGCCAACAUAUGCCUUUUUGAGCUUUUCAAAGCCAUGGCGGACGAUCUCCGUUGCUUCACCAAGGAUGCUUUUAUUUUAAAGUCUCCUAAGAAGUCUCCACUGGUGUUGAGGGUGAUUGUCUUGAUGUUUGUAAUGGUGUGUGGUGUGUAUAUAUGCUCAAUUUGUGUUAAGCAAAUCAGCACCGGCAGCAAUACUGAAUUGUUGAGUAUCCAAGUGAUUGAUAGACCUUGUCCAGUGCCUAAUAUCGAGCCAUGGGAAAUUCCUUAUGUGCAUUACCCGAAACCGAAAACUUUUAGCAGGGCUGAAUGUAAGUGCCAUCCUGUUCGGUAUUUUGCCAUUCUGUCAAUGCAGCGGUCAGGCAGUGGAUGGUUUGAGACUUUGUUAAAUAACCAUACAAAUAUAAGCUCAAAUGGGGAGAUUUUCUCGGUUAAAGUAAGGAGGAGUAAUAUCUCGACAAUUGUUGAGACUUUGGAUCAAAUAUAUAAUCUAGAUUGGUUGACUAGUGCUUCUAAGAAUGAGUGCACAGCUGCAGUUGGUUUGAAAUGGAUGCUUAAUCAGGGUCUAAUGCAGCAUCAUGCAGAAAUACUAGAGUAUUUUAGGACUAGGGGUGUUUCAGCUAUAUUUCUCUUCCGAAGAAAUCUUUUGAGCAGGAUGAUUUCAGUACUUGCAAACUCUUAUGAUCGAGAUGCUAAGCUAUUAAACGGGACCCACAAAUCACAUGUUCAUUCAACCUAUGAGGCUGAAAUACUUGCAAGAUACAAGCCUUUAAUCAAUGCAACGUUAUUGAUACGCGAUCUGAAGCAAGUAGAAGAUACACAAGCCAAAGCUUUGGAGUAUUUCAAGAGCGCUCGGCAUAUAAUCCUUUACUAUGAAGAUGUACUAAAAAAUCACACUAAAUUGGUUGAUGUUCAAGAAUUCUUAAGAGUUCCACAAAGAGAUUUAAAGAGUCGUCAGGUGAAGAUACACAAAGGGGCAUUAUCCAACUAUGUUGAAAACUGGGAAGAUGUCCGAAAUGCACUAGAAGGAACUCGGUACCAGGGCUUCCUACAUGGGGAUUACCGAAAGUAGAACACUUGAAGUCAUGUACAUAGUUGAGGUUUUCUCUUUUCCUCCACUUCUCUAUUCUUUAAUAGCAGGAGCCAACAGGAAACCAACCUGCUGAAGUUUUGGCAGCAGCAUCUGCAUUUUCUUUCAACUUUGUUGUCCCUUUGUUUGUUCCUUGCAAUUAAUAUUCUAUUGAUUCUUUUUUCAUUCUCCAUGUUUUUGAGUUAGCCAUUAGUUAUGAAAAAAAAAAAUCAUUGUUUCCCCUUGUA